AUGCACAACUCUGAAGCUUUUCUACCUAUCAAGUGGGCUAAUGUGUUUUAUGACCUAGUAAACAAACACAAGCCAUGGAUCGAGACAUCCUACCAUGGAGUCAUAACUGAGAACAAUGACACAGUCAUUUUGGACCCUCCACUGGUAGCCCUGGAUAAAGAUGCCCCAGUGCCUUUUGCAGAAUCUUUUGCAAUCUCUGUAUCCAAGCAAGGGGAAAUCUGUGCAUUCAAGAUCCACGGGCAGGAGCUGCCCUUCGAGGCUGUGGUGCUGAAUAAGACAUCUGGAGAGGGCCGGCUCCGUGCCAAGAGUCCCAUCGACUGUGAGCUGCAGAAGGAGUACACGUUCAUCAUCCAGGCCUACGACUGUGGUGUGGGGCCCCAGGAGGCAGCCUGGAAGAAGUCACACAAGGCUGUGGUCCACAUCCAGGUGAAGGAUGUCAAUGAGUUUGCUCCCACCUUCAAAGAGCCAGCCUACAAGGCCAUCGUCACCGAGGGCAAGAUCUACGACAGCAUCCUGCAGGUAGAAGCCAUUGAUGAGGACUGCUCCCCCCAGUACAGCCAGAUUUGCAACUAUGAGAUUGUCACAACAGAUGUGCCUUUUGCCAUUGACAGAAAUGGCAACAUCAGGAACACAGAGAAGCUGAACUUUGACAAGCAACAUCAGUAUGAGAUCCUGGUGACUGCUUAUGACUGUGGACAGAAGCCUGCUGCUCAGGACACCCUGGUCCAAGUGGAUGUGAAGCCAGUGUGCAAGCCUGGCUGGCAAGACUGGACCAAAAGGAUUGAGUACCAGCCUGGCUCGGGGAGCAUGCCCUUGUUCCCCAGUAUCCACCUGGAGACGUGCGAUGGCGCUGUGUCCUCCCUCCAGGUCACCGCCGAGCUGCAGACUAAUUACAUCGGCAAGGGCUGUGACCGGGAGACCUACUCUGAGAAAUCCCUUCAGAAAUUAUGUGGAGCAUCCUCAGGCAUCAUUGACCUCUUGCCAUCCCCGAGUGCAGCUACCAACUGGACUGCAGGACUGCUGGUGGACAGCAGUGAGAUGAUCUUCAAGUUUGAUGGCAGGCAGGGCGCCAAGAUCCCUGAUGGGGUUGUGCCCAAGAACCUGACAGACCAGUUCACCAUCACUAUGUGGAUGAAGCAUGGCCCCAGCCCCGGUGUGAGAGCUGAGAAGGAAACCAUCCUCUGUAACUCGGAUAAAACUGAAAUGAACCGGCAUCACUACGCCCUGUAUGUUCACAACUGCCGCCUCGUCUUCCUCCUGCGGAAGGACUUCGACCAGGCAGACACCUUUCGUCCUGCAGAGUUUCACUGGAAGCUGGACCAGAUUUGUGACAAAGAGUGGCAUUACUAUGUCAUCAAUGUGGAGUUUCCUGUGGUCACCCUAUACAUGGACGGAGCAACAUAUGAACCAUACCUGGUGACCAAUGAUUGGCCCAUUCAUCCAUCUCAUAUAGCCAUGCAACUUACUGUCGGCGCUUGUUGGCAAGGAGGCGAAGUGGCCAAACCACGGUUUGCACAGUUUUUCCAUGGCAGCCUCGCCAGUCUCACGAUCCGUCCCGGCAAAAUGGAAAGCCAGAAGGUGAUCUCUUGCCUGCAAGCCUGCAAAGAAGGGCUGGAUAUUAACUCCCUGGAAAGCCUCGGGCAAGGAAUAAAGUAUCACUUCAACCCUUCGCAGUCUGUUCUCGUGAUGGAAGGUGAUGACAUUGGGAACAUCAACCGAGCCCUCCAGAAGGUCUCCUACAUCAACUCCAGGCAGUUCCCAACAGCAGGUGUCCGGCGCCUCAGACUCUCUUCCAAAGUCCAGUGCUUUGGGGAAGAUGUGUGCAUCAGCAUCCCAGAUGUGGAUGCCUACAUCAUGGUCCUGCAGGCCAUUGAGCCCCAGAUCACCCUCCAGGGAACAGAGCGCUUCUGGAGACCUGCUGCCCAGUUUGCAAGUGCCAGAGGAGUGACUCUCUUCCCUGACAUCAAGAUUGUGAGCACCUUUGCCAAAACUGAGGCCUCUGGGGACACGAGAACCACAGGUACAGCCCCCAAAUCAGCGGUCUUGGAAGAAAUGCUGCACAACUUGGAUUUCUGUGACAUUUUGGUGCUUGGAGGGGACUUGGAUCCAAGACAAGAGUGCUUGGAGCUCAACCACAGUGAGCUCCACCAGCGACACCUGGAUGCCACUAAUUCUACAGCUGGCUACUCCAUCUAUGGUGUGGGAUCCAUGAGCCGCUACGAGCAGGUGCUGCACCACCUGCGUUACCGCAACUGGCACCCCAGUUCCCUUGAGACCCGGAGGUUCCGCAUCAAGUGUUCAGAACUCAAUGGGCGUUACACUAGCAAUGAGUUCAACUUGGAGGUCAGUGUCCUCCAUGAAGUCAAAGUCUCUGAGAAGGAACACGUCAACCACCUCAUUGUACAGCCACCCUUCCUCCAGUCUGUCCACCACCCUGAGUCCCGGAGCAGUAUCCAGCGCAGUUCAGUGGUCCCGAGCAUCGCCACAGUGGUCAUCAUUAUCUCUGUAUGCAUGCUAGUGUUUGUUGUGGCCAUGGGUGUGUACCGAGUCCGAAUUGCCCACCAGCAUUUUCUCCAAGAGACUGAGGCUUCCAAAGAGACUGAGAUGGAUUGGGAUGACUCCGCACUGACUAUCACAGUCAACCCUAUGGAGAAACAUGAAGGACCAGGGCAUGGGGAAGAUGAGACCGAAGGAGAGGAGGAAGAGGAAGCAGAGGAAGGCAUGAGCUCCAGCAGCAGUGGCUCUGAUGAGAGCGAAGAGGAAGAGGAGGAAGGCACGGGCAGAGGCAGACAUGGGCAGAGUGGCACGAGGCAAGCCCAGCUAGAGUGGGAUGAUUCCACCCUCCCCUACUAGUGACCACAGCUCUGCUGACCAGCCCACAUGCCCCUUUUUGUAAAUCCCAACCCAAUGUAUGCCCAAGCCUGUCACACUUGCCUCUAAUUUCUAUGACAGGUCUGGGAAGGCCAUCAGCUUCCUGGAAUCUGCCCUCUAUGUUUCAGGCACUGCCUAUGUCCCAACCAUGGGGCAGUUCCAGAAGCCCAGUGUCACCAUCAGUGAGGACUUCAGGGUGGUUAUACUGUCCUGUAGCCCUCACUUCCUCUGCCCUGGGCUCACCCAGAAUCCUGUCACCCACCCAGUCUGCAGAGUUCUGAACACCUUGUUCUUUUCUGCAGGGGAGAAGGUCCACCUUUAUGUCACUUACCACCCCCUAGGCUCAGUGUUUUCAAACCCCUUGGGUUGUAACUCACUGUGUAUGUACUUGACUGAAAAGCCUUUCUCCACCUACACCAGCAGGGCCUCCCUGUACUUGGUCUCCAGGUUGCUUUAUACAGGGAGGGCAGUGGAAUCUCAUAAACCUGAGGUCUUCGGGCUUAAGAAUUGAAAAGAAAGCCUUUGUUGAGGCAGAAUCGAGUUUCCAGGGAAAGGUUCAUAGUGUAUGUAUACAUGCACAAACACCACACACACACACACACACACACA